AUGACGGAUGAAGAGAAGGCCGUCGCCUCUGCACGGCGGCUCGAGGAUCCUCCAAAGUGUCAUUGCGGAGAACAAGCCGUGAUAAAUCCACGGAAUGAACUAGAGUUCAUUUGUCCUCUGCGGCGUGAAGAUCGUGGUUUUCGAAAGUGCCGUUUCGCGGAGUGGAUCUAUGGUCCAAAGAGCCAUUGGCCAGAGCCUGAGAAGCAGGAGGAGGUUCCAGAGUGGAAGAAGAAGCGGAGGUCUAUUGCGCCUCCCGUGAUGUGCAAAUGUGGUGUUGAAGCUAGCUACGGCCUAGUUCCUUCAGGUCUUGGGAUUGGCCACUUCUGUGGCCACAUGAUCGACUAUGAUGAGAGCACUCAGAAAUGCAAAUGGGAAUCAUCUGAUGAUGUGUUUAAGUUCAAAGAUGAGUAUAAGGCAAGAGUAGCAGUUCGCAAGACGAGAGGUUAUCCUGCAAACUACGUCACUGAUUUUGUGAAGGACCAUAAGAAGAAAAUGCUUGCAUUCGCGCAGGAAAGUGGUCCGAGGAGAGGGAAAAGGAGAUAG